AAGAUAUGGGAGAUUCGGUCUAAAAAGAUUUUUUUUUUUUUUUUCUAUGACGGAGAAGUGCAACUCUUGUAACCAUGGUAAUACCGAUCUUUAUAAAUAUUCUGAUCACUUCGUAAUCAUCAUAUAUAUGAGGAAGUGAUACACAAGAAAUUUAAUGCUAGUCAAUAUUUGUUCGAACUUUCCCAGGCCGAUGACGUUUCAAUGUUAUCAUUUCGGGAUUGCCUUUUCCUACCUAGCUCUGCUCUUUAUUCUUCAUUGAAGUCAUACAAAUGUUUGUAAGAGGGGGAUAUUAUCAUUUAGAUUUAGAAGCUUCGAGUAAACAUUGAAUUGUUUUCAAACGAAAGAGGGGUCGGGGUGAAAAUGUAGAAACACACUUAUUUAAGUUAAGAGCCAUACUUCAUUUCAGUCAUGAUGGAAGAGCAUCAAAGGCUGAUAAAUAAUCAAGCAGAUGGAGACAUAUCUUUAAGUCCGGCUGGUGAGGACACGCUUUAUGAAGAUGCCAUCAAACGAACAGGCUAUGGCAAAUUUCAUUGGCUGGUCCUCAUCCUCUGUGGCUGGGCAGUGUCCAGUGAUGCAAUAGAAGUCCUUUCUGUGUCAUUCAUGCUGCCCUCAGCUGAGAAAGACCUCAGUAUGUCCUCCCAGGAUAAAGGCUGGCUUAAUGCAAUCAUAUUUGUUGGUAUGAUGAUAGGGGGGUACUUUUGGGGCUCGCUGGCUGACCGUCACGGUCGCCGCACCAUUCUGAUGGGUUCACUAACCGUGAAUGGACUUGGGGGAUUGGUCUCCAGUACUUCACAAGUGUUCUGGAUUUUCCUGCUUGCCAGAUUCAUCAGCGGUAUUGGAGUAGGAGGAAGCAUACCUGUGAUAUUUUCAUACUUCACUGAAUUCCAACCAAAGGAGAAGCGAGGAAAAAUGAUCAGUGCCUUGGCAACAUUUUGGAUGUUUGGAAAUAUCAUUGCUGCUGGUCUAGCCUGGUCAGUGAUUCCCCGUGAUAUCGGUUACUUCAGUCCAAACUUUAAGUACAACAGUUGGAGAAUAUUUGUGGCCCUCUGCACCAUUCCUAGUCUUUCAUCUGCUGUGUUCUUUGUCUUCAUGCCUGAAAGUCCAAAGUUCUUGCUUUCUGUAGGACAAAACAAAAAUGCUUUGUCUGUAUUAAGACUUAUAUACAGAAAGAACAAUCCCAGAUUAUCAAAAUAUGAUGUGACUUCAGUAGUAUUAGACCGAGACUACAGGCCAACACAUCAGAGUGAUGAUCGACAAAGAGGUUGUGUCUCAGGAAUGUCACAAAAUCUCAAAAGUCUAAUGUCUACCUCAGGUGAGCUGUUUAGGCCUCCUCUCCUUAGAUCUACUGUCGUCAUGCUUAUCAUCAACUUCUCACUCAGCUUUGGAUACUAUGGCCUGUGGAUGUGGUUUCCUGAACUGUUCCAUCGGGUUGAGCUGUAUGGGGGGUCACCCUGUGACCACCACUCCACACCCCCUAACCGGACGGACAACACCACAAAGUUUCUGGAUUCUGAAUGGAUCUAUUUCUCAGGAUUUAUGACAGCACUCUCCAAUCUUCCAGGGAAUCUCCUGACUAUCUACCUCAUGGACCAGAUUGGAAGGAAACUCCUCCUGGCCACUAGUAUGGUGGGCUCCGGAGUCAGUGUGUUCUUUAUUCCGUUCGUUCGAGACAGGUGGCAGAACCUGGCCAUUUCCUGUUUGUUUGGAGCUGUGUCGACCAUAGGCUGGAACUCCUUGGAUGUCCUCUCGGCAGAACUGUUUCCAACCAAUGUCAGGUCCACAGCAUUUGGUAUACUGUCAGGGGUUGGUAGAAUAGCCGCCAUUUUGGGAAAUGUUGUGUUUGGUGAGCUGGUUGAUCUUCAUUGUUCUAUUCCAAUGAUUCUUGUAGCAGGACUACUGGUAUUUGGGGGCCUGAUUUCAAUACGCCUCCCCAGCACUGUACAGACUGAUAUCCACUGAUUUCAAAUUAAAGUCAUCAUUGGCCUUGAGUGUACAGGAUUUUACUGAUAUUUCAAAGUUUCUAAUUUGCAUUUCACAAUAGUUAUGACAAGCAGGUGCUGGUCUCAAAAUGUUUGGACAACUGUUUUGUAUUAAUCUGGGAUAAAGUAUUUUGGGGGAUUUUUUCUGUUCCAAUAUCAAACAACUUGUAUCUGUUUUUUAAGAUUAAUGUACUGUUAAAGAAUUGUCUGCACAGUAUUUUAAAUCAGAUGUACAGACUCGUAUAGACAACUGUAAGUUGAUAGACUAUAUCCAAAAGGUUCAAAACAAGAUCAAAUAUAAAAAGGGGGAAAAUCAAAAUUUUAGGAACAAACACUGUACAUCAGGAAAAUUUCACCCUCAUUUUAUUUUUAUUUUCACUCAUUUUGUCCUCAUUCUAAAGAAAUUAAAGAGUGAAUUCAAAAAGAGGGCAAAUUUUAAAGGGUUAUGUCAGUUUUUGUGUGAAUUCAAAAUGGCAAAAUAGUUUGUCAAUGCAUCUGCUCAAAAAAAAACAUGGGGUAAAAUGUUUCCAGUACACAGUGAUUUUAUCUUCUGAUAUUUAUUUCCAUGUGCUGUACUCCACAUUCUUUUACUGUAUACCAUUAUGUUAUUUUACUUUUGUAAUGUAUUGAAUUGUUUGAAAUUUAGAAGGCACUGGGGAAGAAUGAUGUGAUGCAAAAAUUUAUUUACUUUUUUUGCACUAAUCGAGCUAUACCUUCCCUAAUUAAAAGUACAGAUGUACCUAUUAAUAAUAAUUUAUUAUUUUCAUUAUUAUUUGUUAAACUUUGUCUUCAUAUUGGUAUGUAUCUAUCCUUGAACAUGUGCAAUACUAAGUAAAUUUUUAUGACUGUUGAUGGACAACAUAAAUCUGUGAAUGUAUUCUUUUAUUGUAGUUUACAUUUUAAUGCUGAAGUUAGAUAUGUACUGUGCGUGUACAGUAUUUUAUAUAGGACUUUUCAGUGCUCAUUUUUUCAAUUUUGGUUAUAGAGAAAAAGUAAAAGAUAUUGUUUCUCUUUAAAUUUGAUUUUGAAUUGGGAGGGGGGGGGGUCCUAGCAGUAAAAGGACAAUACAUAUUCCUGAAAUACAAAGCACAAUCAUGCAUAUUAUUUUUAGGGAUGGUAUCAAACUUUAUUGUAUUUCAAUUCAUUUACUAUUUUUAAUUGAAAGUUUUUGGUAUUUUACAGAACUAUUUAUACAUACAUUCUCACACAUAGUAAGUUAAGUAUUAUGUAAUUAAAGCAAGGUUGGAAAAGACUUUAAUCAAAUAGAUUUUUCCAUAAUGUUUAAAUUUGUUUGAAAUUAUUAAUGUUACAUUUCUUUAAAAAUAUACAUUUAUCAAUUUCAUCUUCAUGUAUUGUAAGAUACCCUCAAAAUAUAAGUCGGUGUUUGGUUUUUGUUUUUUUUUUUUGGUUUUUUUUUUUCCUUUUAAUUUAUUUAUUUGAUUACAGACUUUAUUCCAGUAAUUAAUGACAUACAAAUGUCUGCCUGGUAAUCUUCAGUAUGAUUUUCUAUUGCACCGAGACAUGCAGUUAGAUAGGUGUUCACGAUUGUGAGACAUGUCAUGUUAUGUUAGAAUAUAAUGUCAAUGGAUGCUGUAUCAUGACGUAAACAUGCUACUAGUGUAUUAUUAUCAGGUUUUUAUUGUGAAUAUAUUUGUUUUACAUCCCUUUGAGAAUUUUUCACUCAUAUUUAGGCGUAACCAGUAGAUCUAUGCAUGGCACUCAGCAAGGGUUUUUUGACUGUCUUCACCAUUUUACACAUUAGGUCGGACACAGCUAAUCAAAAUACCAUUAAGACGAGAGGUAAACAUCAAGCAAAUUGACUAAUGGUUUAUCAGUAAAACACAGUUUGAGUUCUCAAACCUAGAAGAAAGUGGCUAGUUUUCCCCAGAUUCAUAAUGUUAUUUCAAAAUAUGUGAUAUUUUUAUAUGGAAAAUUGAUUAUAUACAAUAAAAAGAGAAUUGAU